AUGUCUGGCGAUAUUACUCCGAACGAGAACCUGCUGGCUAUGAGGAAGUCAAAGCCACUGACUGUGGUUAUUAAGCUGGGCACAAGCUCAAUUGUCGACGAAACAACCCACGAGCCUCUGCUGCCAAUCCUGACCCUGAUUGUGGACACGGCCGUCAAGCUACGAAAAGAUGGCCAUAGAGUGGUCAUUGUCUCUUCAGGAGCUAUUGGCGUAGGUCUUCGACGAAUGGACGUAGCUAAGCGUCCCAAGCAUUUGGCACAGUUACAGGCAUUGGCGGCAAUCGGUCAGUGCCGGUUGAUUAGUCUCUGGGACAGCCUGUUUGCUCAUCUAUCGCAACCUGUGGCCCAAAUUCUACUCACAAGAAAUGAUAUUGCUGAUCGAACACGAUAUCUCAAUGCUCAGAGCACAUUUAACGAAUUAUUAGACAUGGGAGUCAUCCCUAUUGUAAACGAAAACGACACCCUGGCAGUUUCCGAAAUCAAAUUUGGCGAUAAUGAUACCCUUUCAGCGAUUACAGCGGCCAUGAUACACGCAGACCUCUUAUUUCUCAUGACGGAUGUUGAUUGUUUGUACGAUAAGAACCCGAGAAGCCAUCCCGAUGCCAAGCCCAUUGAAAUCGUGGAAGAUAUCUCAGCUCUCGAGGCAGAUGUCUCGAGCGCUGGAUCAGCACUAGGCACGGGUGGUAUGAGUACAAAGAUCAUCGCCGCACGACUCGGAACGUCGGCGGGUGUGACAACCAUCAUCACCAGGUCAUCGAAUCCUGGCAAUGUCUUGAACAUUGUCCGUUACCUCCAGCCAUCGAGAUCGGCUUCAUCCUUGUCGUUGAGUCAAUUGGCUACAUCGGAGAAUAAAGAGAGCAAGCCAGCUCCGCCAUUGCACACGAGAUUUUUGGCUUCUACCGAUCCAAUUCGGGACCGCCACUUCUGGCUCCUCCACACUCCGAAUCCCCACGGCACGCUGUACAUCGACGAAGGUGCUCACAAGGCUCUUCUUACCAAGGCCGGCUUACUGCCCGUUGGUGUGGUUGAUGUCGAGGGCAACUUUGCCCAGCAAGAAGUCGUCAGGCUUGUCGUUGUCACCCGAAAAUCCAAUCCGGGCCCGGAUGGGAAGCGUUGGGAGGGCGUAAGGCAGGAGAUUGGGCGAGCGCUCGUCAACUAUGCCGCUCCCGAAAUCUCAAGAAUCUUGGGCCAUCAGAGCACGGAGAUUCGAGGCAUUUUGGGCUAUGCGGAUACAACUCUUGCCCGCCUCACAUUUGCCCCGCGUGUGACCCGGUUUGCUGCCGCCUUCAGUCGUCGCAACCUGUCUGUUUCGCGAAAGCUUUGCGCAUUCCAGCCUCUCAAGCCGCAGAACCCUCCCAAGACCGGCGCCAUGUCUUCAUCCGCGACGACCCUCAAGGGCCAGCCCCUCGACAAGGUGGUGCUCGACGCCAUGCUGCGACGGCGCAUGUUCUACACCCCCUCCUUCGAGAUCUACGGAGGUGUUGGUGGUCUCUACGACUACGGCCCGCCAGGCUGCGCUCUCCAGGCCAACAUUAUCGAUUUGUGGCGGAAACACUUUGUCCUGGAGGAGGACAUGCUCGAGGUCGACUGCACUGCGCUGACUCCCCACGACGUCCUCAAGACCAGUGGCCACGUCGACAAGUUUGCCGACUGGAUGUGCAAGGACCCCAAGAACGGCGAGAUUCUGCGAGCCGAUCACUUUGUCGAGGCCAUCCUCGAGGCUCGUCUCAAGGGCGACAAGGAGGCCCGCGGCCAAAAGAUUGAGGAGAAGGAGGUCGACCCCAAGAAGAAGAAGAAGGCCAAGACUGCUGCUGCUAUCAAGCUUGACGACGCCGUGGUCCAAGAGUACGAGGAGGUGCUUGCCAAGAUCGACAACUAUGGUGGCCCUGAACUCGGCGAGCUCAUCAAGAAGUACGACCUCAAGAACCCCGAGACUGGCGUCCUUCCAUCAGACCCCGUGGCCUUCAACCUGAUGUUCCAGACAUCCAUCGGACCCAGCAGCAACCUUGCUGGCUACCUCCGCCCCGAGACCGCCCAGGGACAGUUCCUCAACUUUGCCAAGCUCCUCGAAUUCAAUCAGUCCCAGAUGCCGUUUGCCUCGGCCUCUAUCGGCAAGUCAUACCGAAACGAGAUUUCGCCCCGCGCCGGUCUCUUGCGUGUGCGAGAGUUCCUGAUGGCUGAGAUUGAGCACUUUGUCGACCCCGAGGGUGGCAAGAAGCACAGCCGCUUCCACGACGUUGAGAACGUCGAGAUGGUUCUGCUGGAUCGCCACGUCCAGCUUUCUGGAAAGACUCAGACCCAGAAGAUGACCAUUGGCCAGGCCGUCAAGGACGGUGUUGUCGACAACGAGACUCUUGGAUACUUCCUUGCCCGUAUCCACCUCUUCCUGGAGAAGAUUGGCGUUGAUCUGUCAAAGAUGCGUUUCCGACAGCACAUGGCCAACGAAAUGGCCCACUAUGCCACUGACUGCUGGGACGCCGAGCUGUUGACCUCAACUGGCUGGGUAGAGUGCGUUGGCUGUGCGGAUCGUAGCGCAUACGAUUUGUCAGUCCAUGCCAAGAAGACUGGCGCUCCUCUGGUCGUCCGUGAGCGACUUGAUGAGCCCAAGGUCAUUGAGGAGUGGCAGGUCGAUAUCCAGAAGAAGAAGUUUGGACCUCUGUUCAAGAAGGAUGCCAAGACUGUGGAGACUGCCCUGGAGGCUACUUCACAAGAGCAGCGCGAAAAGCUGGCCAAGGAGCUUACUGAGACUGGCAAGAUUGUCCUGGACGUUGAGGGCAUUGCCGGUGGCAAGGCUACCAUCGACAAGGACUCUGUCGCCAUCGAGUUCCGCAAGAGAGUGGAGAACACCCGUGAAUACACUCCCAAUGUCAUCGAGCCAUCUUUCGGUAUCGGCCGUAUUCUCUACUCUCUCAUUGAGCACAACUUCUGGACCCGUGGCAGCGAUGGUGGUGAUGAGGCUCGUGGUGUCCUAUCUUUCCCUCCCACUGUGGCCCCGACAAAGGUUCUCCUGGUUCCUCUGUCCUCCAACCCGCAGUUCAAGCCUACCGUUAAGAAGCUGUCCCAGAAGCUGCGCAGCCUCGGCGUCUCCAGCCGCGUAGACGACUCGUCUGCCAGUAUCGGAAAGCGAUACAGCCGAAACGACGAGCUCGGAACGCCGCUCGGCAUCACUGUUGACUUCCAGACCCUCCAGGACGGCACCAUUACGCUGAGAGAUCGCGAUUCGACCACGCAGGUCCGAGCUGAGGAGGACAAGAUCCUGGAGGCCAUCCAGUCGCUGGUCAAUGGCAGCAAGCAGUGGGCGCAGAUUGAGUCUGAGCUUCCCAAAUUCCAGGGACAGGAGGUUGAUGUUCCCGUUCGAUAG